AUGAGGAAUUACUCCAGCAGACCAAGUCUAACUCCGCCGCGAGGAUGGACACCCACUCCCUUUGUGACUGAAACCGUGGAGCGCAUAGUCUGCCUCAAUGGCGAAGUAGACGAAAGUCUCUCUGCUUCCAUCGUCGCCCAACUGCUAUUCCUCGAAGCAGACAACCCGGAAAAGCCAAUCCAUCUCUACAUAAAUUCGCCCGGGGGAUCUGUAACGGCAGGCCUUGCCGUCUACGACACAAUGACCUACAUCUCCGCCCCCGUCAGCACUAUCUGCGUUGGCCAAGCAGCGUCCAUGGGCUCACUCCUCCUCUGCGGCGGCCACCCCGGCAAACGAUACUGCCUCCCUCACUCCUCCGUAAUGGUUCACCAGCCCUCUGGCGGCUACUUCGGGCAAGCGACAGACAUCGCCAUUCAUGCCAAGGAGAUUCUCCGCGUCCGCCGCCAACUCAACGAGAUCUAUAAGAUGCAUUUGACGAAGGAGAUGUCGCUGGAUGAGAUUGAGAAAUGGAUGGAGAGGGAUUAUUUCAUGGGGGCGCGGGAGGCGUUGGAGAUGGGGAUUGUGGAUGAGAUUUUGGAUCGGAGGAUAAAGCCCAAGACGGAUGAUGGGGGGAACAGUGGCGGUGGCAAGGAAUAG